CGGCGGCCUGAGGCUCGUUGGGGUGAUUUCGCUCGAAGGUGGAGGUCGCUUCCAGUAGAGGCAGAUGCUCACAGCCUUCAGGUGCUUUCCUGCUGACCUCCUUUUAUGUUGUGCUUAUUUUGAUGUCAUUAGUUUGUAAUGGGAAUUCUUUAGAAACUAAGUGGACAGCGAUUGGUAAAAACAAAACAUAAGUAAAUGUGCGGUUUAAGGCGAACAGCGGAAUGCACGAGCUCCCGAGGGCUUCUGGGCACAAAUCCCAAGGCCUUAAAGCCAGCCGCACGCACCGAUGCGGCUUGUGGAAACGCGGAGCAUCUGGUCAGGCGACGUACUGUAAGGCGAUAUUACUUUAAUCAUCUUCACAUCAGUAUUUACGGAGUAGCCACAGGUGCCUCAUCCUUUAGCAGGAGUUAAUUAUACGUUUAUUGGCCAAAUAAACAUCUAGCGUCACUCCAUGGAUUCCUUUGGGCAACCCAGACCAGAAGAUAACCAGUCAGUAGUCAGCAGAAUGCAAAAGAAAUACUGGAAAACAAAACAGGUCUUCAUCAAAGCAACAGGGAAAAAGGAGGACGAGCACGUGGUGGCAUCUGAUGCCGAGCUGGACGCUAAACUUGAGGUUUUUCACUCCAUUCAAGAGACGUGCACUGAACUUCAGAAGAUAGUUGAGAAAUAUCAGCUAAGACUCAAUGUUAUAUCAGAGGAAGAAAACGAACUAGGGCUCUUUUUAAAGUUUCAAGCAGAACGGGAUACAACGCAAGCUGGCAAAAUGAUGGAUGCCACUGGCAAGGCACUCUGUUCUUCAGCCCAGCAAAGAUUAGCCCUGUAUACUCCCCUGUCUCGUCUUAAGCAAGAAGUAGCCACGUUCAGUCAAAGGGCGGUAUCUGACACCUUGAUGACGAUCAAUCGGAUGGAGCAGGCGCGCACAGAAUACAGAGGGGCGCUGCUGUGGAUGAAAGAUGUGUCCCAAGAACUAGACCCAGACACCUUAAAACAGAUGGAAAAGUUCAGAAAAGUACAGAUCCAAGUGAGAAAUAGCAAAACUUCUUUUGACAAGUUAAAGAUGGAUGUUUGUCAGAAAGUGGAUUUGCUUGGAGCUAGUCGCUGCAAUAUGUUAUCUCAUUCGCUCACUGCCUACCAGAGAACACUGCUUGGAUUCUGGGAGAAAACAGCUCGAAUGAUGUCCCGAAUCCUCGGGGCUGGCACUGGCUUUCAUCCGUAUGAUUUUGUAGCUCUCAAGCAACUACAAGACACUCCAGGCAAGCCUACUGAAGAUGACAGAGGACAAAUAGAAAACAGUUCUCUCGCUGAAAACCUCAAUAAGUUAGUUUUGUCAGACGAAGACGUGAGCUUGGGAAGUGAACCAGCAACCAAAGAUCACAAGGAAAAACAUUUUCAAACGAGGGAAUUUGAAGCACCUCAGAUUUCUAACUCUGAAAAUGUUGCAAAAGAUUUACCUGUAGAUUCAUUGGAAGAUGAUUUUGAGAAGGAAUUCUCAUUUCUGAACAACCUCCUAAGUCCUGGUCCUUCCAGUACCCGUGAAUUUACCCAAGAAUGCCAGCAUGCCUCUGGGAGCCCCAAUGCCAGUCUCUCGUCCCAGGAGCCUUUGGUGGGGUCUGAGUCGCUUGCUCAUUCCUCACGAUUCCUUCCUUCACGACUCUUUGACCUUGGCCUUCAUGCCACUGGAGCUUUCAACAGCUGGGCCUCCCAAGGGAGAUUAGAACUUCCUCUUUCACACACUGAUAACCAGCCAGUGCCUUCACAGAGUCCAAAGAAGUUAACAAAAUCUCCCAACAAGUGUAACCAAGACAUGUCAGCCUGGUUCAGUCUAUUUGCAGACUUGGAUCCACUUUCAAACCCAGAUGCUAUUGGACACUCAGACGAUGAACUACUUAAUGCGUGACUGAAGUUAUGAUGUCAUUUCAAUGGCUUUGAGACAUCAAUUUUGCAACAUAUUGCCUUUGUGGAAAGGAGUUUAUUUUGUAACCCAGACACAAAAGCAUCAGGUUUGCCGAUAUCACACUUGUCAGCCAACUUUAGACAGAUGGUGAGGACCACAUUUGAAUAGAUUAAGUAUCUUUUUUAUAUCUUGGAUUUGCAGCUGUUGAUAAUAUGUGGAAAAUAUUAGAAAAUUAAAAAAUGAGUCUGAAAUAGAUACCAAAAUGUAUUUCAGAAUAACAGCCAGGAGUACUUCUGUCAGUAAGGAGUGGGGCUUAUUUCUUUGGAAAGCCUUUUACGUCUAACUGGCAUUGCU